UUCUGGUCUGUUUCACACCACGUUGAACGCCUCUUCAUUGCCAACCCCCCAGCAUAGAUACCGAAAGGAGUUGAAGAAAGAAAAACAGCCACCAUGUUUCCCAGCUCCCUCACCAAGCCCUUCCAGCUCCUCUGCCGUGCGAUGCAGUGGUCUAGCGCGGCGAUCGUGCUGGGCCUUACGUCCUACUAUAUCCACAAGGGUCCGAGGGGCUUGCUGUUGAAAUAUACCGAGGUUAUUGCGACAAUGUCCAUCGUCUUCUUCCUCCCGGCCUUCGUCUCGCCUUUCAUGCCUAAUCGACUCAGCAAAUAUGUUCUCUUGAUUGAUGUGGUCUUCUCUUAUCUAUGGCUCACAGCCUUCAUCUUCGCCGCCCAAGACUACAACCGCGACGACUGCUUCCUCAACGCGCCGCCCCACCACAGCUGCGCCAAAAAGAAGGCCAACGAGUCGUUCAUCUUCUUGACUUUCAUCUUCACCUUCUUCGCCAUGUUCCUCGAAGUCCUCAACCUCUGGGCUGACCGUCGCGAGAACCGUUCGCCCUCCAGGGAGAAGUACUCUGGUGGUGCCCAUGGCGGCCCGCCUGAUGCGCCGCUCGGGUCGAGUAAUGUUUAAUAACCAUUCACUUUGUUGACUACAUACCUACCUAGGUAUCUACCUACCGAGGUACUAUUUAGGUAGUUUGGACGUCUACGUGUGAGAUGGAUGUGAAUGGGGAGAGUGUGUUAUGAUGGGGAUUCGGUCCUCCUGCUCUUCUUCUGGAUUUGGUUGGAUGAUCUAUCAAUGUUGGUUGUCAGCGUGGCUGAUUUUUCUUUCUGGGAAGGAAAUGAUUGAAUGGAUUUGUUAAUAUGGUUGUGGCUUGGUUGACUGCAACGAGCACUGACAAGAGAAAUAACCAAGAGGCGGAAACGUUAUAUUGGAACAGUUAUAUUGGCAAGCUUGUCUAUCUACCCUUUACAUACGAUCCGUUCGAUCGAUAUUGUGUACCUAAUGCCCUAAUAGCUCCCUAGGAGCGCUCAUAGGAUCGGAUUUGAUAUAAUGUAUUUAGGAAAGUG